AUGGAGAGCUUCUUAGUGGGGUUCUGGAAGGUAGCUGGAAAGAGGAGAGGCUCUGGCCCAUUGCUGCAGCAGCUCCUAAGUAGUGACUUGCAGGCCCCAGGCAAGCUCUUGCAUCACCUGCUGCUGCUGGAAGCUGGUCUCCAGGAGGUGCUGCAGGAGGGGUUCCAUGUGGAGGGCACUCAACUCAAGCAUAGUGGAAAGUAUGAACUCUUUUAUUGCUUCAAAAGGGAAGGGGAAGUGACUGAAAAGGAGGCUGAGUGUGAUGAGGCAGUUGCUGAUGGCAGAAUGCAGGACCUGGCCAAACACUGGGUCUCAGGCAGGGUGUGGGCUGCGCAGGUUCCAGUUGAUAUCAAGCUGCAGCUACAGGCGGGAGUGGAGGUAACUGCCUGGGAGAGCUCUUGUUGCUUUGGAGUCUUCCUCAUCAUCCUCAGCAUCAGCAAAGUGACCUGGGCAGGAAGAGUAAGGAGGCAUCACUUUGCAUUGUUCUUGGAAAGCUGUGCGCCCCCUGUUACGAAUUCCCUGAGCAACUUUGGGAGUCUGCCUUUCUUUGGCCUUGUCUCCCUCCAGUUGGCCCAUAUAAAGGCUCAGUUGGCACUGCACCAGCUGAAUGUGAUUACUGCCAGAAACUUCCUUCCUCCUUUUACUGGUUUACCUGCCCUGACCUUGCUCGACUUGAUCAAGGUUACCAUGUCCCAUCCCAUGUAUAAUCCCCGUGGGGGACUGUUCUCCAGUGGCCAGAGGUCCGUUGCAGCGGGGCAGUACGGUAUUGGGUCCCAGUCUGGCCUGGACCUGACAGGAGCUCGCCUUGCCCCUGAUUCCAUGUCUAACACUCGUGGGGGAAUGACUGCAAACCAACAAAUGACGUUUCCAUUGAGUCAGCGUCAACCGCAGAUUUCCCACAACCUUGAUUCGUCCAUAGAAAUGAAUAUUCGUGGAGCUCUCGAGGAAGUGCGUCUGGUCUCCCAAAUGCUGCAGCAGCCGAAAACGGUAGAUCCCCGCCUGAAGAAAGAUGUCCGAGAUAAAGUGCUUUCUCCAGGAGGUGGUGGUUAUGCCACAGCCAGUGUUCCAGGAAGGUCUGGUGAUGGGGACUGGAGUGGAUACCAGGCUCCCAGCAAACUUUUUUCUUCCCCAAGUAUAGGUCAUUCAUCCAGUUCUUCACAGCGGUUCCAGUCUUCGGGUUUUGGCAGCAGUGCAGGACAGAGCUGUAUGGAUAGCCAGUCUCCUUCAGAACAUCAGCCUACGCGUUACACGUCAGAGAGUGCCAGCAGCAUAUUGGCAAACUUUGGACUCUCAAAUGAGGACCUUGAGCUCCUGAGCCACUAUCCUGAUGAUCAACUGACUCCAGACAACCUGCCUUUUAUUUUGCGAGACAUUCGCAUGCGCAAGGCCAAGAGGAACGUCACUGACCGUGAUAUAAGAUCAUCAGAUCUUCUGGUCUCUGAUGCACGACAAGGCCAAGUUAUUGAUUAUGGACAUUCUAGUAAAUUUGACUUUCCUGAAGAGAAGCCAGACAACUAUGCACGUGACCACCUUACUAAAGAAUCGGUCAAGUAUGGAAGAGAAGUCCCAGGUUCCUCCUUCAGUAAUGCUGACAAAAGUAAGCGUCCAUCGCAAAAUCUGGCUGCUCCAGUUCUUGCACAGGCUUCAAUUACAGUUCCAAAGCUUCAGCAACCUCCGGUGAUGGCUCCAAGACCCACUUUGCAGAACUUGGAUAUCCAAGGUGCCAAGACGAUCCCAAGAAGGCUGCCUACUUCCACUGCUGUACCAUUGCCCAUCAUUCGGCCACCACAGAUUCCAUCUGCUGCUGCAGUUCCUCUACCGUCUCUGGUCCCGAUGUUCUCUGGAAGUUCAUUUACAUUUAUUCCACCUCUGAUCACUUCACCUGCCAAGAGGUUACCAACUCCCACCAUGAUGAAUGAUUACUCAGCUGCUAGUCCAAGAAUCUUUCCCCAUACAUGCUCUCUAUGUAACGUAGAAUGUAUCCAGACUAAGGAUUGGAUCGAACAUCAGAACACACCCCUUCACAUUGAGAGUUGUAGACGUCUCAGGAAACAAUAUCCUGAUUGGAAUGCAGAGUCAGUUCCUCUUCCAAGAACUCCAAGCCCCAAGCGCCACCAUGGUUCAUCCAGCCGUCAUCAGCGUUCUCGCUCUAGGUCACGAAGCCCUCGGCGGUACCGCCGUACACGUUCUCGAAGCCGUUCCCGGUCCCCACAUAGGAAAAGUCGUGGCUCCCCUUCAUACCGCCGGAGGUCUCGCAGCCCACCACGCCGGAGGUCUGUCAGCCCACUACGCCAGCGGUCAAGGUCACCAGGCUAUAGUAGUAGUAGGCGUUCCCCUCCAAGGAGUUUUCGGCGAGUGAGUCCCCGGCGAACGAGUCCACGAAGGAGCAGUCCUUCUCGCUCGCAAAGAUCAAGCAGUAGUGAAAGGCUAGCGAAAAAAAUUCUGAAGUCUUCAGAAUUAUCUUCAGUAUCAGACAGCAGUGCUCUGAAGGCCAUGGUGGAAUCAUUGGCCCCUGCACUGUUAGCCGAGCUAGCCAAGAAAAGGAACACUUCCUUGUCGUCUUCAGCGAAGAGUAGCAGCAGUAGAAAGCGCUCAUCAUCUCCAUCUAAAAGAAGUGAAUCCUCAAAGUCUAGCAACUCCUCUGUGCAGAAGACUAGUUCCUCAAAGUGUGUGAAACCUAAGAAGCCAGUUAGUCCUGGGACAACCCCUCUAAAAUUUAAAGGUGUUCCUUAUGGGACUACACACCAAGAACUGGUUGCUGCUGUUGAGCCUUUUGGGAAAGUUCGCACUGCUGUUCUCCUUAAAGCCAGCGAAGAGGCAUCAGUGUGUAUGGAAAGGGAGGAAGAUGCCAAAGCUUUGGCCAGCUGUAAGGACUUGAAGCUGUGUGGAAGGGUUAUUGAAAUCUCCAUGGAGAAGAAGGCCAAAGAUGAACAAAAACAUUCUGAACAUGAGAAGAAACCUGUUGCUGAGAAGAAACCUGUUGCUGAGAAGAAGCCUAUUGCUAAGAAAAAAGAGUCCCUGCAUGGUACAGGCAAGAUGUCGCAAACAGUAAAAGCUAAAGAUGAGCCCAAGACAUCACAAACAACUAAAGCUAAAGUUGCAUCCAAGACGGCAGCAGCAGCUAAAGGUAAAGAGGGUCCUAACCCACAGACAGCUAAAGGGAAACAAAAUGUCAAGGUCAAGCCUUCUACAAAAGGCCCAGGAGAAACUCCAGUUAAAAAGAUUGUGAAAAAGGUAUUCCAGUGGAGGAAGAAUGUAGUUGAGGUAACUGGUCUUCCAGAGGAAGGAAUCACUGAAGAGGAUCUUACAAAUCUUGCUAGCCCCCAUGGUUUCGUUUCAACACCUGUCAUUGCGGUCACUCAGCACAAGGCAUAUCUGGAAAUGCCUAAUACAGCGGCAGCUGAGGCAUUGGUUAAAGCAUAUGCAGUGACUCCAGCAAAACUACAGGAGAAGGAGAUAAGCAUCACAAUGAUGACCAAGCCUGUUGACCUCACUAGUACAGAAUCAUUAUUCAAAGUACUGAUGAAAUUAGACAAGUCUCCCCAGGAACUUGCAGCACUGGCUGAAUGCCUUCUCUCAGUCAAUAAUGUACCUUUUAAGACUGGCGCCAUCACAGAAAUUCACAACCUCAUCAAACGUUUUGGUGCCUAUAAACAGUCUCUGACCCUCAAUGGAAGGAUCAUUUUUGAAAUGGACAGUCCUGCUGUUGCCAAGUCUGUCUAUAGUCGGUUCUUAAAGUUUCCAUGCAUCAUACAGAAUAAUUCCCUCACCUUCAGCCUUGCUAGAAUGCCCAGGGUUUUUGAGCAGAUUAAAAAGAAACCUGAUGCUAAAGUGGUUAAACGGGUUACCAAAACUCAGAGUACAAAUGCAGUUACUCGUCGAGCUCCAGUUUCCUCAUCUACUUCAGUCACAAAAGAUAUUAAAACUAAAGUUGACUGUGCUAAAGCAGAGGCUGGUCUUGUGAAAGGUGUUGAAAAUGUAAAAGAAGCUGAAGCAAAGAUUGAGACGGACACCACUGCUACGGUUUCCACUGAUGAAAUGGCAAUUGCAGCGCAGGCCUCUGAGGGUGAAUCCAGUCUGCCUAGCCAGACAACUCCAUGCGAGUCUAAUGACUCUCAGAUGGACACUUCACCUAAUGAAACUGCUUUAACUGAAAGCAGUGAAUCCAAAAUGGACGUCUCUGAGAGUGACAAUAAGAUUGACCACCAAACAGAAAACAUUACCUUAGAGGAGACUAAAGAACCAAAGUCGGGGCAUAGUGAUGUGCUUCCAGUUCUAACCGAAGAAGUUCAGUCUUCUCCGGAAACAACUGAACAUGCUGAAAACUUACAAAUGGAAACAACUGAGCAGUCUGAAGAUGUACCAAUGAACAUAAAUGAGCAGUCUGAAAACUUGCGUGUGGACACAAACGAGCAGGCUGAAAAUUCAAAAAUGGACAUAACUGAGCAGGAUGAAAAUACCCCUGUGAAGACAACUCAACUUGCAGAAGAAUCAUCCUUAGAGGGUGCUCAUCCAUCACAGCCAAAAGAUGCUUCAAAGGCUGGCGACCUGUCUGCAGAACAGGAGGAAGUUGAAGACCGUACGCAAAUUGAUGCCAGUGUUGCUCAGUUGCCAUCAGUGGGGGACACUGAGACGGCAGCGCUGACUGGUAGUGAGAAUGAAGGAAAAAACGUGGAACCUGUUUUGGAAAAUGAGCCACAGCUAGCCCCCAUAGAGGAGUCCAUUCAGGACAGUGAGGCCACACAGGGCAGUUUGAGUCCACAGAGUACUAAAAACCAGAAUGAGGUUCAGUUGAAGGAUGAACUGAAGGUGUGUGAACAAGUUCUACCUGAUACCACCCUGCAGUCUUCUAAUCAAAACCAGGCUGAAAAAGCUACAACUCAGCAAGGGGCUCUUCCAGCUGAUGACACGACACUGGGUUUUCCACCGGUCACACAGGAGAUCUUGAAGGCUCUUGAAGCAGCAGUCCAUCAGUGUCGUCUGCAGUCCUCCAUGAAGCGUGCUGAAGAAGAAGCUAGUCAAAAACCUCACGUGGAGAAGAAUUCUGCAGAAAAAGAGGUUUCACAGGUAACUAAAACAAACAGGCAAAAACCCCAAGCUGAAAAGGAAAGGAAUUCCCAGAGUACUAGAACAACUAGAAGCCAACGUAGGAAAAUGGAGUCACCAGAAAGGGAGCUUCCUUCCAGACAGAGAGGGAAGGGUAGUCCAAAAGAUGGGUCUCCAGCCACUAGUAAUGAAGGAUCUUCAAGUUCUUCUACUACAUCUCGCAAGACCAGGUCGGAGGGCAGCAUAACUCUCAGGCACUCAAGGGAGCGUGAGGAGGAUGGCUACAAGACCCGUAGUAGCACCAGAAGUACACGUUCCUCAAGGAGUGAUACAAAGACAAAGAAAACUGAAAAGCCAAAAGGAGCAAAGCAAGCUUUGGAGGAACCUUUUCCCUUCAACUUGGAUGAAUUUGUAACUGUGGAUGAGGUUGGAGAUGAAGCAGAGGAACACACUAAAUUAAAAACGUCGGAGGAUGACCCUAAAUCCCCCAUGACAACACCUGUAAAGAAAUCCAGUGCUGCUGAAGGUUCGGAAAAGUUUAAGAAGCCACCAUCUUUAGCUACACCUAAGGCCAGACCUUCUGCAGACACUGAAGCAGAGGAUCAGGAAGUUACAGACAUGAUGGAAGAUGAACCUAAUAACUCUGUGCCAGUCACAGAGGGGAAAGAAGCAGAAAAGCUGGAAGGAGUUGCAGUUACUACUGAUGUCCUCCAAGAGGCAGUUCAUCAAACUGUAUUUGGUGAAAAAGAAAAGGAAGAUACAUUAACACCAGAACCAUUAGAAUCUGAGGAACAAGGCAAGGAGUGCAUUGCUCAGACAGAUUCUGAAGAGGCCUCAAUCAUUAAUGAAGCGACAUCAGAUAAAGGAGUCUCUAACUUGCAUGAUCCCAAUCAGUUAAAUUCAUCUGCCCUUGCAUUAAAAGAUGAUUCCCUUCAAGUCUCUGAGCUACCGGAACUUGAGUCACCAGCAGCGCACCAGUCUGAGAAGUCAGACACUGUGCAACAAGAGAGGAAGAACAAGAAACUUGCUUUGGUAACCCUCGAUGAGGUGGGUGGUGAAGAUGGAGAUUUUGAUGAAGAAGAGCUUCUGAAACGCCAGGCUGGUGAGAAUCCUGAAACACUAUUAACUGUCGAUGAGGUGGGAAGUGAUGAAGCUGAGGAGGAACAGCUGGAGGAGGAACAGCUGGAGGAGGAACAGCUGGAGGAGGAACAGCUGGAGGAGGAACAGCUGGAGAAGGAACAGCUGGAGAAAGCACUUCAGGGCCUGGUCACACUUGAUGAAAUUGUUGAGGAGGAAGAUGAGGAUGAUACAGGCUCUUUUAACCCUGAGACUCUUGUUACGCUGGAUGAGGCAAAUGAUGAGGAAAUGGAUGAGAGCGAGCAUGCGAAAAUCAAUCCCUCCAGCUGUGAAGCUGAUACAGCAGUUCAGCCUGCGGUGCCUAUGGAAUCAUCUCUCCUAGAGGAGGAUGCCUGCGAUAUAGAACUACGCAGAAUGAAUUUUGUGACUGUGGAUGAAGUGGGUGAGGAAGAGGAGGAAAAGAAAGAGCAGUCGCUUGAAGAGAAGGUGGAGGAGGAGAAACCUGUCACCAGGAGGAGUGGAAGGGCUAAGAGGAGAGCUCGGCAGGCACCAGUGAGGAAGUCUACCCGAGGGAAGAAGGGGAAGUCUAGUAACCAGGCAGAAGAACUCCCUGAGAACACCCCAGGGGAAGAACCAGCUCCUGCUGAAAAUAUGCCGCCCUCAGUCACAAAUCCAGUAGACAUAACCAUCAAACCAGAAGAUAAACCAGAAGAUAAACCAGAAGAUAAACCAGAAGAUAGACCAGAAGAUAGACCAGAAGAAGAAAAUUUGAAAGCAGAGGUAACUUCAGCCUCACCAAUCACCGAGAUUGCUAGAACGGAGGAAGAGAAGCCUAAUAUCAAACAGGAAGAUGAAGUCACAGUUAAGGAGAGUACUGCUGCUGGAGCUACAGCUGAAAAAAGAGCAGCAAUAAAGGAGGAAUCUAAACGGAGGCGUGAGGAUGAGCUAAAUCAGGAGCCAGAACCUAAGAAGCCUUGCUCAGAGCCCUCCACAACUGACACUUUCACUCUUCCUCCCUUUAGCCCAAAUAACCCUAUUGGUGUGGACUUUGUGGUGCCCAAGACUGGCUUCUUCUGUAAACUCUGCUCUUUGUUUUAUGGAAAUGAGGAGACUGCAAAGAAAACUCACUGCAGCAGUUUACGGCAUUACGAAAAUGUGCAGAAAUACUAUGAGAAGCUCAAGGCUCAGCAGACUCAGAGUGGCUCAGCUCAGACACCAUCCGCUAACAAUUCGUCUGAUUAAAUGGAUCAGUUGGUUAUAUGUUUUACUUUGUGCUAAUUCUGGUAAAUGGGUCCAAUGUUUUGUUGUCAAUUAUAGAUUUGUUUUUGUUUGCUGAAUGUUUAGGUUCAAACUGGGAAGUAAUUCGUUUAGACGUUACACAAAAAAAAAGCAUUUUAGUAAAUGCAUGUUUUAUUCAUUAUUUCACUUAAUUCACACUGUGUAUACUGAAGCAAACAUGUUUGUUUUAUUUUAAACAUUUACCAAAAUUAAAAACAAUAUAAUGUACCAUGAUGCAUUAAAAACUUUUAACUACCGAA